CUAAAGCAGAAUUCAGCUUGAGCUCACAUGGGAAGACAGAGCCACAUUCUUCUCCUCUUUCUAUGCCUCCUGCUCGCAACUUCUCAAUACCACUACUGCACUAUUAAUGCUCAAGAUCUUGAAUCAGUUCAGUUCAAGCUCAAUCCUGCACUGCGUAGUUCAAGGCCAGGGUCGGGAACCAGAUAUGCUUUACCUACUAAGGUAAGAGGAAGGAAAUGGAUUCAUAAAUCUCCAUCAGGACCCAACCCAGUAGGCAAUCAUCGCCCUCCAUCUAAGCAAUGAACAAUUAUCCAUUUGUACUUAACAUGCUAAGUAGAGCUAAUCAAGGGUCAUUAAAUUGGUUAGAGACCAGAAAAAUGUCAGUUUUUUCAAGUAUGCCAAAUGACCACACCUUUGAGUUAUGUGCUUGUACAAAAUUGGGAAGUUUAAAUUCUAGUUGGGUCUACCCAUGAGCAAAUUUUUAGUGUAAGCUCACAUGUAUGUCAAUUUUGAAAUUACAAGACAAUAUCUAAGCCAAUUUGAUCAAAACAAAAAAAGUCAAGUACAAGUAUCGGAGCAUUUGAGAUACAAGCCCACAGAAGGGUUCA